AUAUGUUAUAUUAUACAACAUAUUAUAUUGCAAAUAAUAUAUAAUUUUCAGAUUACAUGUAAGAUUUUAAUAUGUAAGUUUGAAUAAUGUCUUAUUAAAGCGUUUCAAAAAUGUUGGCAUUGUAAUCGAUGUUUAGGCUUCGUAGCGCUGUCAUUGUUAUUGGGACGAAGUCAGUCACGAUCAAGACGUGAAAUUGUAAACGACGCGAAGGGUAAACACUGUUUUGUGUGCGGAAACGAACGUUUUCGAAUAAUUUUUAUUAUAACUCUUUUUCUCUGGUCUGUUUUAGAAUUUCAAUAAUUGAAAGUAAUAUUAGCAUUAUUCCGGCUUUUUAAGACAAUUUACAACUAUUUCGUCAACAGCAGUGAAAAGCAACGAGAAAGAUUGAAAAACUGAUUGAAUCUAACUAGGUGCGUUUCUUUUGUACAGAAUAAAAAUUUGACAACAUAUUGAUAUAUUAUUUAUGUUACACAUUGCCGACGUUAUACAUUUUUAGCUUAUAUACAAAACGAACAGAAGCGAUCUUUUUCACUUUAUAUAUAUGUAAAUACAUUUAGUUGUGAUAAAUCUCAACAAGAACUACGGCAGAUUGAAUUUUCUACGAUCUACCUAUUCAACGUUUAUCGAUCAAGAAAGAUUGCUAUUCGUAAAAAAGAAAAAUGAUUCAAUUUAAAAUUUCCGCACCGGGCAAGCUAAUUUUAUGCGGAGAUAACUUGGCGAUGUAUAAAAAAAUGGUGGUGGCAGCUAGCUUAGAUCUUCGGACGAGGCUUGAAUUUUGCGAAUUAAGCGACAACGUACAAACUGUUAUUAAGAUAGAGUUCCCCGAUGUCAAUUUAUCGUUAACCGUACCCUUGGAAUUGGUCUUAAACUUCUUUAUCGAUUUUAAUUCCGAUGUGACGGAUCAUUUAAAGUUGCUUAAGCAUGUGCAGUACUUUAUCACGGCAAACGGCAUGUGGACGACGCACGAGCAAAGAUUUAGCUUGCAAACAUUUUUCUUCCUGUUUAUAUAUAUGAUUCACUCCGAGGAUCUCAAAAUCAAUCCUUUUCGCGUGCACGUGACCACAGAAUUACCUUUGGCCGCUGGUCUUGGCAGUUCAUCAUCGUUCGCGGCAUGUCUCGCGGGUUGUUUCCUGCAAUGGGGACGUCUACAGAUUGGUGAAUCUGGUAAAUUUAAGGACAUUGAUAUAGAAAAUAUCUCGGAAUAUGUAAAGGACUGCGAGGAAGUGAUACAAAACUACGUUAUACAAGCUGAUCACGACGUGUGCUCGUACGGCCAAAUAGUCAGAUAUUAUUACCAUAAUCGGUAUAAGGGUAUUAAAAUCUUGAACGUGCCGAGAAUGAAAAUUAUGUUAAUCGACUCCCAAAUUAGCAAAAGUAAGCGCGAACAAAUAGAACAAAUGGCGACACAAUUUUGUAAUAAACCCACAAAUAACAUUCUUAAUAUAAUGAACAAUAUGUCGAAACAAGUUGCCGGCAAACUUUCUAAAAUUAAUGAUAUGAAUGCUUAUCGAUUACGCUUCACAUACGAUGCAUUGCAAAUCUUAAUUGUAUUAAAUCAACAGUUCCUCAGUUACUUAGGAAUGUCGCAUCCAAGGUUGGAUUACAUUUGUAAGAUUGCCAAAAUGUAUGGUUUUGCGGGAAAACUCACAAAUUUUGAUGCAAGAUACGCAUACAUCCUAUUGCCACCAGAUACGCCGAGCAAAAAUAUUAUAAAUCUUUCAACACGUUUAAUAACAGAGGGUUUCACUGUCAGGAUAACCAACGUGAGUUGUGACGGAGUGAGAAUUUGUGAUUAAAAUCGUAUCAAUAUUAUAUUAAUAAUUAAGUAUUAUUAAC